AUGACUUCAAAAGAAAAAACUAAUUUCUCUUCUUUUGCAUUCGAACCACAAUCAUUCACACGAAUUCAUACAAUUAAUAAAUCAAAUACUAUUCAUAAUGUAACACUUGAUUCAAACACUCAUAGUUUAUCAUCAUCGUAUAAUAAUAAUAAUACAGAAGAUGAUAAUAUCGAUUGGGAAUUUGUUACAAAACAACUUGAAACUAAAUUACGAACUUCAACAGAUAUUAUUCAAUUAUCAUCGAAUGAAAAUUAUUACACGAAUUCAUCAUCAACAAAAUCAAAUAAAUAUAGAUUUCAUUCAACAACUAAUUAUGAACCUGCAGGUAUCAUUUGA